AACAUAACAAUAUCAGGGUUGGAGCAAAUUAUAAAAAAAAAAAGUUUAUAACUAAAAUUCUACCUAGUUGAAAAAACCAAAAACACAAACCAAAAAAAAAAAGAGAACUUGGCCAGGUUUUCGAAAAGAUGACUAGCCGAGCAAACACAAUCUGGUUCCUCAUUUUGUGUUGUGCUCAAAUACUCGCCUGCGCCUCUGCAGGUGGGCUACAAGCUGGUCAUCCCCGCACCCUGCCAGCCCUCCCUAUUGUCGAUGUCAAGAUCUUCAAUGUCCUCGAUUUUGGCGCCAAACCCGGAAAACAACAAGAAAGCACCCAGGCUUUUAUGCAUACAUGGAGGGCCGCGUGCGACUACGUGGGCUACGCGGCAAAGGUGUUGAUCCCACCCGGAGUUUACAAGCUGGGCCAAGUCCUGUUCCAGGGCCCAUGCAAGAGCCAGAAGCCCAUUGUCAUUCUGCUGCAGGGGACAGUGCAGGCUCUGUCUGACAUGUCAGCUUAUCCCGACCAAGGGUGGAUUAUGUUCGACGAGAUCAACGGCCUCGUUUUCACGGGCGGUGGCACGAUCGACGGCCAGGGCCAGAACGUGUGGGAGUACAACGACUGCAAGACAAACCCAAGCUGCACGCAUUUGCCAGCUACGAUAUACAUGAGCAAGGUGCAGAACGCGAAGGUGAAAGGGAUAAGCAUUGUGAACAGCAUGGGUUUCAACAUGCACGUAACACAGAGUUACCUCGUCCGACUCCACACGCUCACAAUCGACAACCCGGCCGACUCGCCCAACACGGACGGCCUCCACAUCAGCAAAUCCAACACCAUAAAAGUCUCCCGAAGCAUCAUCAAGACAGGGGACGACUGUGUCUCGGUCGGCCAAGGAUCCACCAACAUCACAAUCAACAAACUCACAUGUGGGCCCGGCCACGGCAUCAGCGUUGGGAGCCUUGGAAAGGUGCCGAAUGAAAUGGAUGUGAAAGGGCUCAUUGUGAAGAACAGCACGUUGAUAGGAACGACAAAUGGCGUCAGGAUAAAGACAUGGCCAGGCUCGCCCCCGAGCACUGCAUCAGGCAUGCUCUUUAAGGACAUUGUUAUGGUAAACGUUAAGAACCCCAUUGUCAUCAACCAAAACUACGGGUCUAGCUCCACAAAGCCGUCGCAAGUGAAAAUCAGAGAUAUUAUCUACCAAAACAUCAGAGGGACGACAAUAUCACCAGUUGCAAUCAGCUUAAUAUGCAGUGCAUCUGUACCGUGCCAAAACGUGCGGUUUCAGAACAUUAAUCUGAAGCACAUAAGUAAUGAGAAACUUUCAUCCACCUGUACUAAUGCAAAAAUAGCCUAUUUUGGUGUACAAAAUCCACCACCUUGUUGAGUGAGUACAUAUGAGGGGAAGUAAAAGAUAGUAAGCAAAAAGGACUGGAAUGAGGGGCAAAGAAAAAUGGUAUCACAUUGUCUGUCUGUCUGUAUGUGUGUAUUUCAGAGAUUAUAGCAAUAGCUAAAACAAGAAGGCUCAAAGAAAUGCACAGAACUUUUAUUACAGAAGUUUUGUUAUUUUUAGGUGAUUGAUUGUGUAGAAUAAAUGGAACUAUGGAAGUUGGAG